AUGGCUCUUAAACGCAUCCAAAAGGAAUUACAAGAUCUGGGACGUGAUCCACCAGCACAGUGUAGCGCUGGACCAGUGGGUGAUGAUCUGUUUCAUUGGCAAGCUACUAUAAUGGGUCCACCAGAAUCGCCCUACCAAGGGGGCGUUUUCUUUCUCACCAUACAUUUUCCCACAGAUUACCCGUUCAAGCCACCAAAGGUAGCAUUCACAACACGGAUUUACCAUCCGAAUAUCAACAGCAAUGGGAGUAUAUGUUUGGACAUUCUACGUUCGCAGUGGUCACCUGCACUCACCAUAUCAAAAGUGCUGCUGUCGAUUUGCUCACUGCUGUGUGACCCGAAUCCGGAUGAUCCUUUAGUACCAGAAAUAGCGCGUAUCUACAAGACGGAUCGUGAGCGUUACAAUCAAUUGGCGCGUGAAUGGACGCAGAAAUUCGCGAUGUGA